AAAAUUCUGAAAAACCCAACUCAAAAAGAAAGUCUUGAUCCGCAAGGAAACAAGAAAACCAAGUCUUCGUAAUCAUCUAUAAAUUCCACUGCCAUUCAAAUUCUUAGUUCCACUUGUUCUUCACCUCGAAUCUAAAAAGAUGGUGCCAGAAGAUGAUAAAGCUGUAAAAAAUGCAGAAGAGUUGUUGAUAAAAAUUGGAUUAGAUGAACGCACAGCCACCAACACUGUUGCUAAUAGAAAGCUAACUUCCAAUCUUUUGUCCCUCAUUCACCAGGCUGGAGUAGCUAAUGGAUGUGAAAGAGGGGUUGGCAAUCUUAUUUACACAGUUGCUACCAAGUUUCCCGCCAAUGCUCUUGUGCACAGGGAAACCUUGCUUAAAUAUAUUGUUUCGUCGAAGAUUAAAACUCUAGCUCAGUUAGAAGCUGCUUUUCUAUUCCUUUCGGUGACUGCUUCAGAGGAUUUAAAUGUUACUGAAUUCGAAAAGGCUUGUGGAGUUGGAAUUGAGGUAACUCUAGCAGACACAGAGAAGACUGUAGAUGAAGUGCUCGAAGACAACAAGAAUACUAUAAUACAGAAAAGAUAUCGAACAAAUGUUGGUGAACUUUUUUCCCAUGUCCGCAAAAGGCAGCCAUGGGCGGAUCCAAAAAUUGUGAAGCAACUCAUAGAUGCAAAAUUAUAUUCAUUGCUCGGUGAAAGGACUGCUGCAGAUUGUGAGAAGCCUCUUAAAAAGAAGAAAGAAAAGCCAGCCAAAGAGGAGAGGAAUAAUGUUGAGUCUACUCCCCUGCCAAAACAUUCAGAAGAAGAAGUCAACCCCUUCUUAAUAUUUCCUUCGCCAAAAGAAAAUUACAAGGUGCAUACUGAAGUUUUUUUCAGUGACGAGUCGGUGCUCAGAGCUUGUAAUUCAAAGGACAUACUUGACAAUCAUUUGAAAGAAACUAAGGGAAAAGUCUUAACCCGCUUUCCACCUGAACCUAAUGGUUAUCUGCAUAUUGGGCAUGCCAAGGCUUUGUUUGUUGACUUUGGUUUGGCAAAAGAAAGACACGGGGGCUGCUACUUGAGGUACGAUGAUACUAACCCUGAAGCUGAAAAACAAGAAUAUAUCGAUCAUAUUGAAGAAAUAAUUAGAUGGCUGGGCUGGGAGCCAUUUAAGAUCACAUACACUAGUGAUUAUUUCCAGAAGCUGUAUGAUUUUGCUGUUACACUUAUACAAAAGGGUCAUGCUUAUGUUGAUGAGCAGAAACCUGAAGACAUAAAAAGGUAUAGGAAGGAAAAGUGGAACAGUCCUUAUAGAGAUAGACCUAUUGCUGAAUCGUUGAAAAAGUUCGAUGAAAUGAAACGAGGUUUAUUUGAAGAAGGCGAAGCAACUCUAAGAAUGAAACAGGACAUGGAGUGCGACAACUUCAAUAUGCAUGACCUCAUUGCAUAUCGCAUCAAGUUUACUCCUCAUCCGCGCACAGGAGAUAAGUGGUCUAUCUACCCAACUUAUGACUAUGCUCACUGCAUUGUUGAUUCUCUGGAAAAUAUUACACAUUCGCUCUGUUCACUUGAAUUUGAGACACGCCGGGCUUCUUAUUAUUGGUUGUUAGAUGCUCUUGGUCUUUAUCAGCCAUUUGUAUGGGAGUACUCGCGCUUAAAUGUCACCAAUACAGUAAUGUCAAAGCGUAAGUUAAAAUGUCUCGUGAUAGAAAAGUGGGUUGAUGGUUGGGAUGAUCCUCGUUUAAUGACAUUAGCUGGAUUGCGUCGUCGAGGGGUCACCUCAACUUCAAUAAAUGCUUUUGUUCGAGGAACUGGAAUCACAAGAAGUGAUUGUACUAUGAUUCGCUUAGACCGUCUUGAGUACUAUGUCAGGGAAGAACUAAAUAAAACUUCCCCUCGUCAGAUGGUUGUAAUUAAUCCUCUCAAGGUCGUCAUCACCAACAUGGAAGAAGGUUUAGUAACGGAUCUUGAUGCGAAGAAAUGGCCUGAUGCUCAAACAGAUGAUUCAUCUUCCGUUUACAAGGUUCCAUUUUCCAGUAUUGUUUACAUCGAGCAUACUGAUUUCCGAGUAAAAGAUUCCAAGGAUUACCACGGUCUCGCCCCCGGAAAAACUGUCCUCCUGAGGUAUGCCUAUCCAAUAAAAUGCACAGAAGUAGUACUUGCUGAUGAUAAAGAGACUGUUCUUGAGAUUCAUGCUGAGUACGACCCUUUAAAGAUGACUAAGCCCAAGGGGGUUAUUCACUGGGUUGCAGAACCCAAACCCGGAGUUGAUCCACUUAAGGUGGAAGUCAGAUUGUUUGAUAAACUGUUUCGCUCUGAGAAUCCAGCCGAACUUGAUGACUGGCUUGGGGAUUUAAACCCACAGUCCAAAGUGGUGAUGCCUUGUGCAUAUGCUGUACCGACACUUCAUACUGCUGCAGUUGGCGACAGCUUUCAGUUUGAAAGGCUUGGCUAUUUUGUAGUCGAUAAGGACUCGACCUCUGAUAAGCUUGUUUUCAACCGAACUGUCACGUUAAGGGACAGUUAUGGCAAGGGAGGGAAGUGACUGCCUUAGAGUGAAAGUCCCGGCAUCAGCUAGUCCUUUGAGGUCAUUCUUCAGCUCACUGGGGCAAAAUUAACUAUUUUCUUGUGUUUUUAUAGUCUGUAUAUAAUAGAAUUAAGGUCCGGCUCCCUAACAUAGACUGUUAGAGCAUACGAUCCACGUUCUUCACCCUAAAUUUUUGAUGUGAAUGCAAGGGGAUACAUUGUAAAAAAUGAAUCAUUCUAGGGUUCCUCUGAUCCAACACCCUUUUUUCUGUUGGAUGUAUGCUACUAACAUUCGACUGUCAGGCAAAGAAAAAUAGUCAUUAUAAAGCCUCAAUGUCAAUGAAACUCCAAUAUUUUUUUCA